UACUAUUUGCCUAUGGAGGCUGAGAGAGCAGCACCGCAAACAAAAUAUUUCAAAUUCUGAAAGGGGUCGGUCGGACUGCAGUGAAGUAGAAUCGGAGCUGAAACACACCAAGAGCGAGAAAGACUGUGGACCGGCACUGAGUUAAGAGGUUAAGAGGAUACCCGUGUAGUUUUGUCAAACACAUCAGAUUAGGCGAUUUCUGAAGCUGAGCCUCCUCCCUUUUCACUUUUAGAAGGCAGUGGACAGCUUUUAAUUCAUGCUAUCUUUUUCCUCGGAGACAGGACUGUGGUGUAUGUUGCCUAGCUAUUAUAAGUUAAAUUGUAUUUUGGAUAAGUUAGCAUUGAGAAAAUAAAUAUUGGCGCACCUGACCAGUCGCACAUCGGAAAAACAAUACAUGAGAGGACUGUUAUGAAGAGGGAUUUAGAAAGGACGAUGCAAAGGCUGUCAACGCUUUGAAGUUGGAAACCCGAACGCAAUUUCUGACCGAAUUUCAAUAGGCCCACUGAAUUAAUUACUGGAUACCGCGGACGGAACCUGUGGUGUUCGUUGUAUUUACAUGGAGAACAAGAGUUAUUUACAUGUAGGCUAUUAUUAAAACCACGCAAAACGCAGAAACCUGGAAAGUCCAUUCACCGGAAUAUAUAUCGGUGUAAUACAGAAGGAAAUAAACUACUAUUGAUCUACAUGAUACAACAAAUAUUUCCGAAGAGACGUUUGAAUUUCCUCUGAAAUGGACUGACAUCGGUCAAACCAAACAUAUCUCGAUAAGAUAUAAUGACCGGCAAUUUAGAAGCUGCGUUAUGAAAUAAAUGAACAUUUUACGCAAACACUUUAUUGGGACUUCAGAGUUGAGAAAAUGCAUAACGAUAAGUAACUGACAGUUGGUGUUUCAUGUGUGCAAGAUUCAUUCUGAAAGUGGUGUGAUAUCCUCUCUUGUGAGGAUUGAGCAUCCGUACUCCGGUACCGGAGGCAUCUCGUGGUAACACGGUAGCUGCGGGAAGGCAGGAGUGCAGUUUGGAGAUAUCAGCAAAUAAACGCACAGAAAAAUGUGGCUGCGAAUUCUUCCCCAGGUGUUGACCAUCUGUGCUGUGGUGAUCUCCGGGACAACGGCUGACCUGACCUGUGAUACACUGCUCCUGCUGUCCACCAAUCUCACUGCACGUACGUUGGUACUGUGGAAUCUGACCCUCACGCCCAGCAAUGUCACCGGCGGCCUGUUCUGUAACAUGUCCAUCGAUCCCAUCGGUACCUGCUGGCCCAAGAGCACUGCAGGGGAGUGGGUGUCACGGCCAUGCCCAGAGAUGUUCUAUGGCGUCAAAUACAACACCACCAACAAUGUGUACAGAGAAUGCCUUUCCAAUGGGUCUUGGGCCGUGAAAGGCAACUACACCCAGUGUCAAGAGAUUCUCAAUGAGAAAAAGAGCAAGCUGCACUACCACAUAGCGGUGAUCAUAAACUACAUGGGACAUUGUAUCUCUCUGGCAGCCCUGCUGGUGGCCUUCAUCCUCUUUAUGAGGCUGAGGAGUAUCCGCUGCUUGAGGAACAUCAUCCACUGGAACCUGAUCACAGCUUUCAUCCUGAGGAAUGCCACUUGGUUCGUCGUACAGCUCACCAUGAACCCAGAGGUGCACGAGAGCAAUGUGUUGUGGUGCCGGCUGGUCACGGCAGCCUAUAACUAUUUCCACGUGACAAACUUCUUCUGGAUGUUUGGGGAGGGCUGCUACCUGCAUACAGCCAUCGUGCUCACCUAUUCCACGGACAAGCUGCGCAAGUGGAUGUUCAUCUGCAUCGGGUGGUGUAUCCCUCUUCCAAUCAUCAUUGCAUGGGCCAUUGGCAAGCUUUACUACGACAAUGAAAAGUGCUGGUUUGGGAAGAAGGCAGGAGUGUACACAGAUUACAUCUACCAGGGCCCAAUGAUCCUGGUGUUGCUGAUCAACUUUAUUUUCCUCUUCAACAUUGUGAGAAUCCUCAUGACAAAGCUGAGAGCCUCCACCACCUCAGAGACAAUACAGUACAGGAAAGCGGUGAAGGCCACUCUGGUGCUGCUGCCACUUCUGGGCAUCACCUACAUGCUAUUUUUUGUCAACCCGGGAGGGGAGGAUGAGGUCGCCCAAAUAGUCUUCAUCUACUUCAACUCCAUCCUGGAGUCUUUUCAGGGCUUUUUCGUGUCAGUGUUUUACUGCUUCCUGAACAGCGAGGUGCGUUCUGCAGUGAGGAAGAGAUGGCACCGCUGGCAGGACAAGCAUUCAAUCAGGGCUCGGGUGGCGCGCGCCAUGUCCAUCCCCACGUCGCCCACGCGGGUCAGCUUCCACAGCAUCAAGCAGUCCUCGGCCGUGUGAGGACCAACAACACUCUGCUCUGACUGAACGCCCCCGUCUCACCUCUCACCGGCAACCACCCCUCCAGCAUGUCCCCCAUAGAGCACCUCUUUCCCCUCUUCUCUCCAAACCAACCGAGGGAAACAGCUACCGUGAUGGUUCACACAGGGUACACCCCCUCCCAGGGAGCAGUGACCUCUGUAGUCUCUCGCCUGCUGAUACAUUGAGGUACGUUCGCUCAGUGUGUUCCCUCUGAAAGCUACAGAGGGACAGAAUGACAAUGGCCAAACAAAGAAAUGUCAGGAGCUGACUUUUUACCAAAAGGUAGCACAGGGAAUUGUUACAAUCCCUGUGGCGUUGGCAGAUUCAGUUGAGAGGUGACUUUUGAUGUCAGAUAUAUAUUUUUUCCCCUGUUCGUCAGUAAGUCUAGUGUUCUCUUAUUGUUUUUUAUUCUGCAAAAUCCAGAAGUUGGAGUCCAUAUGGAUGGAGUUGGAGUCCAUAUGGAUGGAGUUGGAGUCCAUAAGAAGACUUUGAGAUUGGGAAGAAAAUGGUACUGGGGCACGUGCUUGUAUUGUGUCAAAUACAUGAUCCCUGUUGGACUAGCUGACCUGUUCAAGAUCAUUGAUACAAACAAUUUGAUUCUUGUUCCUUUGCAUGUUUUUAUUUUCUGUGGAUUUUUUUUUUUACUUUGAGCUAUCUAUGCUUGCUGGCGCUGCAUCGCAAAGCGAAUGACCGCCAUGGACCAUUCAUUUCAGGUCUGUCCAGACUAUUGUCUCUAGUAAACAUUCUCCCUUUCCUUCUUUUUGUUUUUCUGAUGGAUUAUUAUCUUCAUAGAGACCAUGUUCCGAUGUGAAAUCUUUGGCCUCCAUUGAAGAUGGAUGCCUUCCCCAUUAUCCCUACAACAACAACCAAGGCAUUUUGCAAGCGGAAAAAGUGAUGUGACAUUAUCCAACACUGUUACUAAUGUGAAUGAACUGUGAAAAUUGGUAUGCACUGUCAAAGCUUCAGAGAGGACAAAACAGUUGUGUUUGUGUUGCCCAGUUCUUUCAGGAAGUAAAUAUUUAGCGUAACUCUCCUCAAACUGCGAUGCCUUCUUCUUCUCCUCCCUUUCAUUGUAGCCUUUUCCUGGGACUCAAACGUAAUGUUGGCUUAGAGAUAUUCAGACCUGGAGGGGGGAUGAAGGAAGAGCGGCAGUUUAACAUCAAUAAGGCAUUUCACGGCUGGUAAGGUUGAGGUUUUUUGAGGCUCAAGCGAAUACAAACACACCCAUAUGGAGAGAGCUUAUCAUAGGCUACGGUUGUAAAAGGUGUUAAUCUUCUCAACCGAAUAAGCAAUUAUUAUUAUUAUUUUUUAGGCUAGCUAUGUUAAGGUCUGAGAGGAACGUGGAUGUUUUGGUUGCUUCAUCUCUGCAACUUGUGUAACUUAUCUAUACUAAAUCUUCAGACUAAAUCCUUUUUUUCUUCAAACACUUUCUUGUCAUCAAACAGGUAAUAUGUUAUAUUGCUAUUGUGUCAUAGAAGGUACCCACUGGGCACACACUGGUUGAAUCAACAUUGUUUCCACAUAAUUUCAACGAAAUUACAUUGAACCAACGUGGAAUAGACAUUGAAUUGACGUCUGUGCACAGUGGGUACUGAUAAUACUUUGCUGAAAUUCUGCAAAUCCUUUCAACUUGAGCUACCCAUUAUGAAGGACCAUAAAAAACCUGAUCCUCCGUGACCGGGAGACCCAUGAGGCGGCACACAAUUGGCCCAGCGUCGUACGGGUUAGGAGAGGGUUUG